CCAACACCAACGAGAAACGAAAGGAACUGAAGUAGUGACUGUGAAGAACUCAAGAAGUAAUGGAGAAAGUUACUGAGGUUUAUGUUGAGGAAUGUACAAAAUCUAGAUAUAUAAAACCGCUUCGAUUAAAGUACAAACAGAAUGGUUCAGACAAAAUUUGGGAUGCAAUGCAAGUUCAUAAUAGUGUUGCUGUUCUUUUGUUUAACAAAUCUAAAGAUUCCUUCGUAUUUGUAAAACAGUUCAGACCAGCCAUUUAUUUGAAUAACUCUGAAACGGAACAAAAGAACAACAAAGUAACCAUCAAUUCGGAAAAAUUCCCAGGUGUACUUGGGAUAACCUAUGAACUCUGUGCAGGACUAAUAGACAAAGAUGCCAGUCCAAAAGAGAUUGCCAAACUAGAAAUCUUAGAGGAAUGUGGUUUUGAUGUUCCUCUAGAGUCCAUUGAACAUGUGACAUCGUACAGGGCUGGUGUUGGAACUACUGGAGCCAAGCAGUUUUUAUUUUAUGCAGAAGUAACAGAGGAAAUGCGGACUGGAAAGGGUGGUGGUGUAGUAGAGGAGGGGGAGAUGAUCGACGUCAUUGAAAUUCAUAAAUCAGAGGCAAUGACAUUUGUAAUGGAUGAAAGCAUAAACAAACCAAUAGGAAUGCUGUUUGCUGUGUUAUGGUACUUUCAAAAUAAGUGAAUUAAAUUAUAGGAAGUAUUGUGCUAUUGACUUAAUUGUUAGUGUCAGUUAUAUGUCUCACGUUUUCAACAGUCAAUAAUCAAAUGACGAUGUAACUAUGACAAAUGCACUGAUGAUAUAUUGAUAUGUAUGUGUGAAAAUCUCAAAAUUAAGAGAUGAAAUGUAAAAUUUCGUAUAAAGGUCAAAAUUGGA